CCAUUUCCAUUCCUCACAGUAGAGAGAGAAACCACAAAGGAGGAUCGGAUUCUGAUUUGGCGAGUAUUCAAUGGCGAUUUCGGAUUCUGAUUUGGUUUUGAUAGACGAGUUAUACGAAUACUCGGCUCCUCGAUUCUUUGAUUUCAUCAAUGGCGAGACCGAUGAAGAUGUUGUCAAAGCCGAGCUUUGGUUCGAUUCUGCUCUUAGCCACGCCCCUUCGCCUUUUAUGAUGAGAAUCAAGACUGAAAGAUCAGUUCAACUGAUGGAGAGCGUUUGUGAUUUCACUGAGGCUGUUGAAUCACCGGCGGAGCCAGUUAAUGAUGAUCCAACCAGCCCUGUUCCUGUGUCGGAUGAAAACAACAAAAUGGUAGCCAAACCUGACGUUAUUGAGGUUGAUGUUAUUACCUCCGAUCAGAAAGAUGUUGGAUGUUCUUCUAACCCAGAGAAAGAAAGUAUAUUAAAUACAUGUAAAGAAGAUAGAUCAGCUGUCCUUGCUUCUAAGAAGAAAGAAACAGCAAAGAAGAUAGCUAGCGUUAUUAAAAACCCAUCUGUUCUAAGAACACAAACCCAUAAAAAAGGCCCUAAACCACCACCAGCCAGUGCAAGUGCAAGUGCAAGAAGAGAGGCGAGUUUGAAGAAAAUCAUUGCGGCUGCUAAUUUAGCUCUAGAGAAUCAAGCCAUUAAGAAACAAAAAUUGGAAGGAGGGAAAUCCAGACAGAUCUUGAACAUCAAGCCAACAAAUUUGCAGCACAAAAACAGAUUUGGAACCUACAUGUCUUCUUCUUCUUCUUCUGUAAAUCGUGAAAAAGAUAGAAAGAUUUAUGUUCGUGAACCAGCUCCAUUUGUUUCAACGGCAGAAAUGAUGAGAAAGUUCCAAUCCGGCGGGACGAGAUCUACAUCUCUUUCGACUUCUCUUGACAACAAUGGAGGUUCAUCGAUUGCACAAAGGAGGAGUAAUACAAAACUUACUCUAACAAGACCAAAAGAACCAGAACUAGUCACAUCUCAAAGAAUUCGUUCUGCUAGAAUAAAAAGCUCUUCUGAAAUCGAAGAAGAAAUGAUGGCUACAAUUCCCAAGUUUAAAGCUCGCCCAUUAAACAAAAAGAUUUUCGAAGCUUCUAAUUUGCCGCCUAUUCCUAGAACAACACCUCGUCAAACCCAAUUCCAUGAAUUUCGUUUGGAAACAUCGGCAAGAGCAGUUACAACCCUUGAAUCAUCAUCAUCAUCUGCACAACAUAUUGACCAAUCGAAACCACGUCUACUAACCACACCCAAGCCGCCAAUUCUCCAAACAUCAUUGAGGGCACGGCCGGUUUCAGUCAAGAGUUUUGAUCAGAUAGAAAAGGAAGAACUUGAAAAAGCUCCAAAGUUCAAAGCCAGACCGAUAAACAGGAAGAUAUUUGAAAGCAAAGGAGAUAUUGGUAUGCUAUUCUGUAAUUCAAAGAAACAGGUAACAGUACCAGAUGCAUUCCAUUUCAGGAUAGACGAAAGGAUUCCUCUUCCUGUCCCGCCAACAGAUUUAUUUGGAAAGAUGUCAAUUUUGUGUUCUGAAGCAGACAAAAAACAGGGGAUUGUUAGAAACACAAGACAAAAUCCGUUUAAUCUCAUGACAGAAGAAAGAGGAGCGGAGAAAGAGAAGAUGUUUGCGAUGGAAAUGAUGAUUAAAGAACAAGAAGAUGAGAGGGUUAGAAUUAAGAAAGCGUUACCUUAUCCUUACACAACGGAUUAUCCUGCAGUUUUACCUAAGCCAGAGGUAAAGCAAUGCACAAAACCAGAACCGUUCCGGUUAGAGAGUCUAGUUAGGCAUGAAGAAGAAAUGCAAAAGAAAAUUGAAGAGAAGAUGAGAAUGGAAAAGGAAGAAUAUGAAAUGAGGCUAUUCAAGGCUCAACCAAUAAUGAAAGAGGACCCAAUGCCAGUUCGAGAGAAAGCCCGUAUACCAUUAACUGAUGUUCAAGGAUUUAAUCUUCAAGUACAGAAUAGAGCUGUGGAUAGAGCGGAAUUUGACAAAAAGAUUAAGGAGAAAGAACAGAUGUAUAAGAGAUACAGAGAAGAAGAGGAGUCUGCUAAAAUGAUGGAGGAAGAGAAAGCAUUGAAGCAAUUGAGGAGGACAUUGAAGCCUCAUGCAAGACCAGUACCUAACUUCAGCCAUCCCUUUUUGCCACAAAAGUCCAAGAAAGAAACAACAAAAGCAAAAUCACCGAAGCUGCAGAACGGAAGGAAGGAGAUUAGAACUUCAUGUGCAGCCUCUAACAUGAGAUGAUCAUGAUCAUGGAAUUGAGCUUCAAGAGAUCUUGAAACAACUUAAUAUUUAUUGUAACUAGUAUUAGUGAAUUCUGGUAGAAUAUUAUUGCAUGAAAAUAUACUAUUGUGAUUCACAAUUUUGUUGUUCUUGUUCAUGUGGUGAAUUGACAAUUCUCUCAUCAUCAUCUAAUGAUCAAGCUUCUUAGAUCUUGAAACAACAGUUGCUUAAUAUUUCGGU